UAUAUCCACAGCUCGAUUCCUACAUACCCAUCUUCAACCGUAAUGUUUUAGUAUUCUACAUUAUUGCACCGUGGAAAGCGUAUUGCAUACACAAAAUGGUCCAACUCAGCUUGGAUGGCCACGAACAACUGGGCAUGAUAAUAGGCCUCACCGGUUCAGGAUUCGGCUUCGCACUCGGAGCUGCUCUCGCCGAUAAACUGAUCCCGAACGAUUGGCAUACAACUUGUCUCCAACUCCUCGACUUCCUUCGGUACCAACGCGUAUUAGUAUACAUUGUCUUCUCGUACCAAAGGACGUGGUCACGGAUCAUUGCGUUCAUCUGCUUCGUCGUUUGGUGGAGCUUCGCGAUAACUACGUACACCAUUUCUUUCAAAGACGGCCAUACAUUCCUAAUUUACUGGGGACUGGAGCUUUACCUACGGAAGUUUUUGGAAUUUAGGGAGGUAUUGCUUGCUGCUGAUGUGCCUCCUGGACAAGAAGUUGUUAAUUAUUCGAAAUGGUGGUAUUCGAUGGUGUUUUACUGGAUUACUACUGGAAUUAUCAUCUACUGGACGGCGUUCAAGGCAAUUGUAUAUGCGACUACUGUCUAUGUGUGCCUACCGGGUUUACUUGCUGGUGCCGCGAUCUGGGUCUUGAUACGGCAGGAAACAGCACAUGGAACUUCACGGACGAGGAACGCCGUGUUAUAUGCGCUGGGUAAGGCACUCAUGGCGUGGAGUAAAAGCUUUGCAUGGAUCCUCGAUACGUAUGAGAUGAGUGCGGCAUACGUCAAUAAUCAUGUCACGUACAUUAUCGGCGGAUACAUUGCGACAUUGCAGAAGACAUGGUAUACUGUUAAGCAUGUGCCGUACUACCAAUACAGCACUUUGCGUGAGAACUCUCAAGAAAUUCGAGUUUUGGAACUCGAAAAGGGUACUUUUCUUUCAGGAAUGCUGAAGGCGAGUAUGAGGUUUACAUCUGUUGAUGAUCCGAUUGCGUACGAGGCGCUUUCGUAUCGCUGGGGAAAUCCGGUAAUGAGUGAGGAGAUGCUGAUUGACGGAAAACGCUUUACAAUUACGAAGUCAGCGUACGAUCUCCUAUGGGCUCAAAGGUCGAAGUAUAAAUCGAGAUUGGUGUGGUGCGAUGCGAUUUGUAUCAACCAGAAAAGUGAUGACGAGAAGACGCACCAAGUGCGCAUGAUGAAGGAUAUCUAUCAGAAAGCGAAAAGAGUAGUCGUGUGGGCGGGUGCAAACUGGACCGCGGAACCAUCGGCCGUGCUUCUCAUGGAGAUUUUGGCCGCCAAAACACAGUACGAAGGUACUGGAGCCGACUUUUACCAAUUCUUCUUUCACGAUCGAUAUUCGUUUCGAUGGACGGCACUCAUGGAACUGUUCCGCAACGAAUAUCUAAACCGCAUUUGGUGCGUUCAAGAAGUAUCUGUUGGGCAAUCUGUACAUCUAUUGCAUGGGGGCCUCUAUAUUCCAUGGGAAAUAUUCGUCGAAGUACUCGUGUGGUGUUUCCAAGAUCAGAUGCGGCCGCUCCUAGAACCGAGACCAUCUCAAGUUACCACGCCAUUCAAGCCCGCAGUCAGAUCCUUUGAGAAUGCUGCUAUCAUGGCUAGUCUACGUCAAGGCGACACAGACCAGUACUACCCUUCCAAAUUCGAAAUAGAGGGACGAUUCAAGGUUGAAAACCUCAUGUUCCUGUGUCAUAACUUCCAGGCUACACAUCCUUCGGACAAAAUCUUUGCAGUGGUAGGCAUGGCUUCAGAUGGUGAUCACGAACUGCUGCAACCAAGCUACACAAAAAGCACGACCGAUGUAUACAUUGAUGCGGCCGAAUACGUGGUCCGGUUUAGCGUCUCUCCGACGCGCAUGCUGGCAAUUGCUGGCAUAGGCUAUAGGAGAAACAUUAGAGAUCUCCCGUCGUGGGUGCCGGAUCAUAGCUUCCAACGCCCCAAUUUUUCCUUGACGGUGAUGAAUGCUAUGAGCGAAACCAUGCAUUAUCAAGCUUCAACGUCGUCUCCUUCGAUGAGACUGGAUGACAAACGCGGCCAACUAGUGGUAGAGGGUAAAAUUAUAGACAGCAUUCUUGACACGGAUGAUGAAGCAGUUUUCAUAGCUGCCGAGGAUGCUGGAGACGUCGAUGAACAUGAUGGAGAUCAAAAUACACCCACCUUCAUUCACAGCAUCCGACUUCGACGAGAUUUCUACAAUGCUUCCAUGAAGCUGCUUGAUCGGCACCGAGAGAACUUAGACCACCGCAUCGAUUGGGAUGACGUGCUUUGCAUGACUCUAAUUGGCGAUCGGUUUGAACAGAAGCGCGUCAGCAAAAUCGCCGGCCAACUCGAAAAUGAACUUAACUCUGAAUCUGUUCAAUCCAUCAAACGCGCGCUUCAUCUCUGGUUAAAACACUUAACGACCCUGAGCACCAUACAGUCCGCUGAUGACAUCAAGACUCUACCCCCAGAGAAACUCGACAGUCUCGCGGGGCCGUUCUCAGAAGACUCCCACUUGAUGACAAGUUACGGCACAUCUUUGCUGGAAGCUUCUUAUGGGCGCCGCUUCUGUAUCACUGAGAAAGGCACUAUGGCCUUGGUCCCACCGUUGGCUCGGAAGGGGGACGUUGUGGUUAUCUUGUCGGGUGCACAAACACCCUAUGUCUUGAGAAAGACAGAUCGAGCAGGGACUUUCGCGUAUGAGCUUGUGGGUGAAGGUUAUUUCCAUGGUUAUAUGGAUGGGGAAACCACAAAUCUGGGCGAGAGUGAAGAGAUACUGAUGGUAUAG